AUGGCCUCCCGUGGAGGUGCUGUCAGCCGAGCCGCGGGUUUGGGUGGCGGCGGUUCGCCGCCGCGUCCGCCCUUCUUCCGCAACGAGGCGGAGCAGCGGAAGUGGAACCGCAGCGAGGGCGCGCGCAAGCGUAGCGCUCGUCGGUGGACCAACUGGGGGCUCACGCCCCCAGGGAAGCUCGCCCGCUACGGCAACCAGGCGGAGAGCUCCUCUUCCGGGCAGUCCAACCGCGCUCCACGGCUGCCUGUGGCGCCGAGCGUCGAGGAGGACGAAUUCGUCCCCGCACGCUCUCCAACGUUCUCCGCCGGGGACUACGUCCACGCGGAUCAGUCGGAGAGCAGGUGCUCCAUGUCGUCCUGCUCUGCUGCCCCUAAGCUGCUGCUCCAUCUUCUUCUUGUCUCCCUCCUCCUCGCAUCCACCUGCGCCGCGGCGUCGUCGUCGGCGACGGCGGAUGCGCAGUACCUGUCGCCGAAGAUGGCGAGGAUCCAGCGCCACCUCGACCGGCUCAACAAGCCGGCGCUGCGCACCAUACAGAGCGUGGACGGCGACACCAUCGACUGCGUGCCCCGCCACGAGCAGCACGCGCUGGACCACCCGCUCCUCAGGAACCACAAGAUCCAGCUCGCGCCACCGCCCAUGCCCGCCUCCACCUCCUCCCGUGCUGCCAGCGCGGCGUCGUCGAACUCCACCGGCACCAGGGCCAGGAGGACGGCGUGGCAGACGUGGCACCACGCGGGGCACUGCCCCAGGGGCACGGUGCCGAUGCGGCGGACCACCGCCGAUGACGUGCUGCGCGGCAAGCGGUCGCUCUUCCGCUUCGGCCGCAAGCGCCACCGACGCGACCGCGCGCCCCGCGCCGCCAACGCGCCCGACGUCGUCACCGGCAACGGCCACGAGCACGCGAUCGCCUACACCGCCGUGGGGCAGCAGGAGGUGUACGGGGCCAAGGCGACCAUCAACGUCUGGGAUCCGGCCAUCCAGGAGUCCAACGGCUUCAGCCUCUCCCAGCUCUGGCUCCUCUCCGGCUCCUUCAACGGCUCCGACCUCAACAGCAUCGAGGCGGGAUGGCAGGUCAGCCCUGAGCUGUACGGGGACAGCAGGCCGAGGCUCUUCACAUACUGGACUAGCGACGCUUACGAGGCAACCGGCUGCUACAACGCGCUGUGCCCGGGCUUCGUGCAGACGAGCUCCCGGGUGGCCAUUGGCGCCUCCAUCUCCCCGGUCUCCUCCCUCGCCGGCGAGCAGUACGACAUGACGCUCCUCGUCUGGAAGGACCCGAAGCUCGGCAACUGGUGGCUCAGCUACGGCGACGGCGGCGCCUCGCAGCUCGUGGGCUACUGGCCCGCCGAGCUCUUCACGCACCUCUCGGGCCACGCCACAAUGGUGGAGUGGGGCGGCGAGGUGGUCAACACCAGCCCCGGCGGCGCGCACACCGCCACGCAGAUGGGGUCCGGCCGGUUCGCGGCGGAAGGGUUCGGGCGGGCCAGCUACUUCCGCAACCUCGAGACGGUGGACGCCGGGAACAGCCUCGCGCCCGUCUCGCUCGACGCCCUGCAGACGCUGGCGGAGGACGGAGGCUGCUACGACAUCAGGAAGGCCUACGACGACCGGGACGGUUGGGGCACGCACUUCUACUACGGAGGGCCGGGGCACAACCCGGCAUGCCCCUGA